AUGCGGCGGUGUGUGUGUUGCUGCAGCCGCCGCAAGUGGUCGCAGCGCACGUGGGCGCCGACGUCGACGGGUGGCGGGGCCGCACCGGCCAGCGGCGUGAGUGCGCAGGAGGCGCUGCAGAUCGCCUACCGCCCCAUGCCGCUCCCGCAGACGGUUGAGUACGAGGAGGACUUUGGCCACAAUUUGAUGAUCCACCGCGAGUUCAUCUCCAAGCGCCACCGGGACCGAUUGGGGUUCGACGUGAGUGCGUUGGCGUACAGUGAGGUGGAACUGCGGCGCGGCCGGCAGCAUCUCGCCGGUGUGAUGAAUCGCGAACGCCGCGGGGUUUCUAUUGGGGCCGCAGGAGCUCCAGAUGAUCAAGUGCAUAUGCAGACAGACGUGGACCCACAAACACGAGAGGUGACUAGUGCUCGAUAUUUAUUUAAUGAGAAGCGACUUGAGUUUUGUGAUAGAUUUCAAAAUUUCUUUCAAACAAAGUUGGAAAAGAAUAAAACAAAAAUACCAAACAGUGAUAAUCAUGUCAAACAUGAUGAUAAUGCACAAUAUCUAUUUUCUUUAAUGGAGGCAUGUGCAAUUAUUUAUGGUUGUGAAACAAAUGCUGCACGUGAGACAUAUUAUCGUAUGUUUCUUUCUCUUGACUUGGAUUCAUUGGAGGCGGAAGAUGAGGAAUUGCGUAAUCGUAUCGCAGAGGCAAAACUUGUACGUCAGUCUAUUGAAGAACAGGCUGAAAAAAAUUCUCUAGUACAGUUAAAUCAUGAACAAAAAGUUAAAAAAAUUGGUAAUGUUUCAAUAGCUGAAGAAGAAGAAGCAUUUAUUGCCUCUGUUCCUGAACUUUCAUUAAUAGGAGAUGAUUUUGAUAACGCAAAGACGAAAAGCAUACCUGAAGGAAAAGUUAGAUUUGACGAAAGUGGCAUAGUUCAUCAUACAACUUCUGAUAGCCCUAAUGGAGAGGGAGAGACGGAUAAUAAUAAUAAUAAUAAUAAUAAUAAUAAUAAUAAGGAUGAUGAGACUCAAUUUCUCAGCUCUAGUUCUUUAGAGGAGGGUACUGUAGUGAAGUUACCCGAAGAAUUUGAAGAGUAUGCACCAUUAUAUAGGGCUUAUCUUUCUUAUGCAAAAGGGGAAAGUCCUAUUGCCUCAUAUGAUGUCUCUACACUUGGCUCUACAGGUGUAAUAGCAGAACGCCGUCGUUGGCGGUCGUUAAUGGAAAAAAUUGUGAGGGAAGAUUAUCACAAAAUGACAGAAAUGGAGCAAAUGGAUGCGAUUGUCCUUAAUGAACAGUUACACACUGUGAAGUUUUUUGAUCUAAAAGUUGGAGAUACAGUGCGAGAAGUCUUGCAACUUCUUCAGCGGGAAACUGGGGAAGGAUCCUCUUUGCAUAGAGAUACACCCAUUGAUGUUUCGCCUAACCAUCCAGAGAGGCGUGUUUAG